AUGAAGUGCUCCAUGGCAAUCCAACGUGUCCUGUUUCUUUCAUUUUUUAUUUCCCUGUUCUGCACACCUGCUCAAGGGGACAUUCAGUUGAAUCUGUCCGGUGGCGAAGACGACAGCAACCCCCUUGAAGACUUGGCAUGCUCCAUUUUCAAUUGUGCUGAUGAAUCAUCAUCAACCUUGGAGGACCUCUUGAAUGACAUUCUAAAUUUUGAUUUCAACUUUGAUUUGGACCUUACUGGCAAUGGUGGUGGUCGCCGAGAACGUAAACUUCGGGGCGAACAACAACAACAACAAAAUUGA